GUAUAUGGGUCGUGGGUGUAACCAAAUUUGGGUGAAAAAUUCAAGACAACUGUGGAUCACUCCUAUUCUUAGUAUUGGUGUAAUUAUGGAGAAGGAUGUAUUUUGGAAAUGCCAAGAAUGAGACGGAAAAAAAGGUUUACCCAACACAAUGGCAGACAACCACACAAUUCUUCGAACAGCGGCUGGUUUGUAUCCAGAGGUAUUUUCCAUUUUCCCUUUUGGCUCAGCAAUGGGCGCUGUUCGAAUUGUGUUCUUGAUCAUCCUUGUGGGGGGUGGUGGCCUACCUUCGUGUUGUCCCUUGUCCGAGAACGAGGCUCUGCUGAAGCUGAAGGAAUCAUUUACUCAUUCUGAAUCCUUGAAUUCAUGGAACCCAGACUCAGUACCCUGCUCGGCUCGAUGGAUUGGCAUCAUCUGUAAUAGGGGCGUCAUCACGGGCCUACAUCUCUCCGGCCUUCAACUCUCAGGCAAGAUCGAUGUGGAAGCACUCCUCCAGCUUCGUGGUCUUCGGACUAUUAGCUUCGUCGACAACCAAUUCUCCGGCCCCAUUCCGGAAUUCAACAAAAUUGGGGUUCUGAAGUCCCUCCUCCUCACUGGGAACCACUUCUCCGGCGCUAUCCCAAGCGAUUUCUUUUCCUCUCUUACCUCCCUAAAAAAGGUGUGGCUCUCCUCCAACAACUUCUCCGGGAACAUUCCGCACUCUCUGGCACAACUCUCUCAUUUGAUCGAACUCCACCUUGAGAGCAACCAAUUCUCGGGGCCCAUCCCCCACCUCAAACACGCCUCCAUCAUAACCUCCCUCAAUGUCUCCAACAACAAGCUCGAGGGUCAAAUACCGGACAUCCUCUCCAAAUUCGACGCGAAGGCAUUCGCUGGAAAUGAAGGCCUCUGCGGGAACCCACUUCCCAAAUCUUGCGGGGCCCAAAUUUCUGAAGAUCAGAAGCCCCCUUCUUCACCUCCUGGGGAAUCCCAAGGUAACAUUUCCAAGCUGGUUGUGGCAUCCUUGAUAGCGGUGACUGUAUUUCUGAUGGUGUUCAUAUUCCUGAGCGCCUCCAAGAGGAGAGAGGAUGAGUUCAGCGUGCUGGGGAGGGAGCAGAUGGAGGAGGUGGUGGAGGUGCACGUCCCGAGCUCUGGUCACGACAAGCAGUCGAGUAGAAGAGGAGGUGGGGACUCCAAGAGAGGCUCACAACAGGGGAAGGCGGGGAUGAGCGAUCUUGUGGUGGUCAAUGAAGACAAGGGUAUAUUUGGGUUGGCGGAUUUGAUGAAGGCUGCGGCAGAGGUUCUAGGGAAUGGGGGCUUGGGCUCCGCAUACAAGGCGGUCAUGUCCAACGGGUUGUCAGUGGUGGUAAAGAGAAUGAGAGAGAUGAACAAACUAGGGAAGGAUGGGUUCGAUGCGGAGAUGAGGCGCCUUGGAAGACUGCGCCAUCACAACAUAUUAACGCCUUUGGCCUAUCAUUACAGGAGAGAGGAGAAACUGUUGGUGUCAGAAUACAUUCCAAAGGGAAGCCUCUUGUAUGUGUUGCAUGGUGACCGUGGAGCCUGCCAUGCGGACCUCAACUGGGCCACCCGAUUAAGGAUCGUGCAGGGGAUCGCAAGGGGAUUGGGGUUCCUACAUUCAGAAUUUGCAACCUAUGAUCUGCCGCAUGGGAAUCUGAAAUCUAGCAACGUUCUUCUAUGCGACAACUAUGAGCCACUUCUGAGCGACUACGCCUUCCAUCCCCUUAUCAACCCCAACAAUGCGACACAAGCAAUGUUCGCAUACAGAUCCCCUGAGUACGCCCAAUACCAAGAAGUCUCUCCCAAGUCUGAUGUUUAUUGUCUUGGCAUUAUCAUUCUUGAAAUCAUGACCAGUAAAUUUCCUUCUCAAUAUCUUACCAAUGGCAAGGGUGGCACCGAUGUGGUGCAAUGGGUCUCCUCCGCGGUUUCUGAGAAGAGGGAGGCUGAACUCAUCGAUCCUGAGAUUGCAAACGACACUGAUGCACUUGAUCGCAUGGUCCACCUCCUCACAAUCGGCGCAGAUUGCACCCACAACAAUCCUCAGCAACGGCCAGAAAUGAGGGAAGCCAUUAGGAGAAUAGAAGAGAUAUGAGUCAGGGGCAGGAAUAUUCAUUGAUUUUUAAUCUGCAAAUACCUUUUCUUUUUUUCCUUUUCUUAAGUAAAAAAAAAAAAAAAAAAAAAAAAAGACAAACAAAAACCAACGACAACAAAACACUACGGAGGUAAAAACAAAACAAAAGAAAACAAAAAAAGAAAACAACUAAUGCGGGAGUAGAGAUAAAUGGACAGUUUGAUUGAAAUUUGUGUGUAAGUAAAUUAAUUAAAGUAGAGAAGCAAUGGAGCAGGAGGGUAGGAGGAGAGGUUUGUGAGCGUUUCAAUCCCCCGCCGAAAACACGCCACCAGAUCAUGUCUCGGAUCGGAUCCCCCCGGGACUUCACGUUACAAUGGCUCCACCUCUUAGUUUUUGUGUAACAUCAUCUCUGUAUAUGCAUCAACUUCACUUUUGUAUUUUUUUUUUGCAUGUAAAUGGAAUUUACAACACUUGGGGGUUGGGAUUUGUUGAUUA